CCCUCAUCUCUUCCACCCAGGCUCCAUCCUGGACUCAACUUCAUGUGUGCACCCCUCCUAAUCCAGCCCCAGAAUGGCACUGCCUCCCAGUCCCCUGGCCAUGGAAUAUGUCAAUGACUUUGACUUGAUGAAGUUUGAGGUAAAGCGGGAACCCUCAGAGGGGCGAUCUGGCCCCCCCACAGCCUCACUGGGUUCCACACCCUACAGCUCAGUGCCUCCUUCACCCACCUUCAGUGAGCCAGGCAUAGUGGGGGCCACCGAUGGCACCCGGCCAGGCCUGGAGGAGCUCUACUGGCUGGCUACCCUGCAACAGCAGCUGGGGGCUGGGGAGGCGCUGGGGCUGAGUCCUGAGGAGGCUGUGGAGCUGCUGCAGGCUCAGGGCCCAGGCCCUGGUGAAGGGCUCCACGCCUGCUACCCAGGGAGCCCAGAGGAGACAGGAGUCCAGCAUGCCCAGCUGGCUGAGCGGUUCUCGGACGCGGCGCUGGUGUCGAUGUCCGUGCGGGAGCUAAACCGGCAGCUGCGGGGCUGCGGGCGCGACGAGGCGCUGCGGCUGAAGCAGAGGCGCCGCACGCUGAAGAACCGCGGGUACGCGCAGGCCUGUCGCUCCAAGCGGUUGCAACAGCGGCGCGGGCUGGAGGCCGAGCGCGCCCGCCUGGCCGCCCAGCUGGACGCGCUGCGGGCCGAGGUGGCCCGCCUGGCUAGGGAGCGCGACCUCUACAAGGCUCGCUGUGACCGGCUGGCCCCGGGCGUCCCAGGGCCGGAGGCCACCCUCACUCCUUCCUCUGAGCCGCUGGCCGCUGCCGAGUGGUGGAGUCGGUGGGCGGGCAGCGCGCAGCACGCGGGAGGCGGCUGUACCAUUCACUAG